CAUCUUCACAUUUUCGCGCUUUUAUUGGAAUUUCUUGAUUAUUCUUUUUUGGCUCAAGCGUGCCACUACUCAUAAGCACAUUUUUUCCCUUUCUUCCGAGUGUGAUUUGGCUCAGAUCUCCUCGCCUUGCCUAAUUUGCACAAGUUGAAGGGGAAAAGGUUAGAAAUAUUGAAAGAAAGGAUAAUUCACCUUUUGUCUCUGUACAACAACCUAUCUCUUUAAUCAACAUGUUUGCUCGUACAAUCGCUCGAACAGCCGCACGGCAGCCAUGCAACGUAGGAAUGGCAGUGGCAAGGCGUGGAAUGGCCACAAACAGUAAUAGCUCAAGCAAAUGGGCAACGUCAAAAAAUGCCUACAGAGCAGCAUCUGUCCUAGCAUUGGCUGCUGGUGGCGUUGGAGUUGGAUCAAUGAUUGGUGAUUCGAAUAAGAUGCAACUUGAAAGUGCACCCAAGAGGAAAGCAUACUUUGAACGUGUGAUUGUGAAUGAAAAGGGAGGAGAGAGCAGUAAAGGUGGCGAGAGCAAGAAGGAACCACAACCACAGCAGGAGGAGGAGGAGGAGAAAGAGGAAGAGGAAGAAAAGUCUGAACAAACAGAAGAGCAGGAAGAGGAAGGACAGGUAGACAAGCCGGAAGAGCAGAAAGAAGAAGAAGAAAAAGUAGAAGAAGCCACACCUAUUGAUAUGGAAGAUUUAUCCGAAGAUGCAUCACAACAAUCCGCAUUCGAUCCCGAAACAAACACGAUCAAUUGGGAUUGUCCUUGCUUAGGAGGAAUGGCACAAGGUCCAUGUGGGGAAGAGUUCAAGGAGGCAUUCAGCUGCUUCGUAUUCUCAGAAGAAGAGGUGAAAGGUGUUGAUUGCAUUGACAAAUUCAAAGGAAUGCAAGAUUGUUUCCGUAAAUAUCCGGAACACUACAAAGAAGAAUUAGAGGAUGAAGAAGAAUUUGAACGAAGCGAACAAGAACGGGAAGAAGCACAAGAAGGAGAUGAAAAGAAGCCUGCUGCUCAAUCUGGAGAGGAUGAAGAUGAAGGUGUACGGGAGUGGAGAGCAGAAAUGAGUAAGGAAUGAAAGAUGUGCUUCAUUCUCUGAAUAUACUCUUUUGUUGUAUCUGGAACUAUGUCACUACUCAGUCUCGAUUAAUUCAUCCAUAUACACAGA